UUGCAGGGAAUACUGACUGAAGACUUUCCCCACUCCCAGGCCCCUGAGCCUGUGUAGGGAUGUGAUUUAGAUUGGACUGUGACAGAAGGAGUGGGAUCGUUUUUUGAUUGAUCUAUUUUCGUAUUUUGUCUGAUGUCGUUUUCCCCGCUUUUCUGGAAUGGGCAUUACUUUAUUUCCCCCCAGUUCACUAACUGUACAGUAGGUGGCAACAUACACAUUCAAUUUGUGUGAACGAAACAGGAACUUCCGGGCAGGCGCAAGCCAUUCUUCAGAAUAAAGAAAGCGCCAGAACUCUGAUGUUAAUAUGAUAACUUUUGUCUCCGUAUUAAAUGUAUGGCUACAGGCUGACUCAGAUUAAGUCUGAGGCCAGUAACAUCAACAGUGAGGACAAACCCAGCCUGCCUCUCUCCUUCCACACUGAGUCCAAACCUACAGUCACUGGGUCCUGAUUGUGACAGUGGAUCCCAGUUUGCACUGCAGGAUCCAGAGAUGGCAUCAGUGAAGCUGGAAGACUGCAGUCAAACACUGGAGCUGAAUGUCAACAUUAAAGAUGAAGAAGAGGAGGAGGAGAUUAGGACAACUGUUAAUCAUGGAUACCAUGUUGAGACAUUCUCUACAUCCAGAGAGCAACAGCAGGACGAUCAGAGAGCUAAGAGGUCUCAUCACUGCCCACAUUGUGAAGAGAUUUUCCCAUUUCUGUCAAAGCUAAAAAUACACCUAAUAAUACACACAGGAGAGAAGCCUUACUCCUGCUCUGAUUGUGGAAAAUGCUUCAAAACAUCAACGGUGCUAAAAGUUCACCAGAAGACUCACACAGGAGAGAAGCCUUUCUUCUGCCCUGACUGUGGAACUAGUUUCUCUCAACUUUUCCGCUUAAAAUCACAUGAACGUAUACAUACAGGGGAGAAGCCAUACUCCUGCUCUGACUGUGGAACUAGUUUCUCUCAACUUUCGAACUUAAAAAGACAUGAACGUAUACAUACAGGGGAGAAGCUAUGCUCCUGCUCUGACUGUGGAAAAUGUUUUAAAACAUCAACUGAUCUAAAAGUUCAUCAGAGAACACACACAGGAGAGAAGCCAUACUCCUGCUCUGACUGUGGAAAAUGUUUUAAAACAUCAAAUGAGCUAAAAGUUCACCAGAGAACACACACAGGAGAGAAGCCUUUCUUCUGCCCUGACUGUGGAACUAGUUUCUCUAAACUUGACCACUUAAAAUCACAUGAACGAAUACAUACAGGGGAGAAGCCAUACCCCUGCUCUGACUGUGGAAAAUGUUUUAAAACAUCAAAUGAGCUUAAAGUUCAUCAGAGAACACACACAGGAGAGAAGCCUUUCUUCUGCUCUGACUGUGGAACUAGUUUCUCUCAACUUUCCCACUUAAAAUCACAUGAACGUAUACAUACAGGAGAGAAGCCUUACUCCUGCUCUGACUGUGGAAAAUGUUUUAAAACAUCAAAUGAGCUAAAACUUCAUCAGAGAAUACACACAGGAGAGAAGCCUUACUCCUGCUCUCACUGUCGAAGAUGUUUUAAAGCAUUAAAGGAGCUAAAAGUUCAUCAGAGAACACACACAGGAGAGAAGCCUUACAUCUGCUCUGACUGUGUAAAAUGCUUCAAAACAUCAUUUGAGCUAAAAGUUCAUCAGAGAACACACACAGGAGAGAAGCCUUAUUCCUGCUCUGACUGUGGAAGAUGUUUAAAAACAUCAAAUGAGCUAAAAGUUCAUCAGAGAACACACACAGGAGAGACACCUUACGUCUGCUCUGACUGUAGAAAAUGCUUCACAACAUCAACUCAUCUAAAAGUUCAUCAGAGAACACACACAGGAGAGAAGCCUUAUUCCUGCUCUGACUGUGGAAAAUGUUUUAAAACAUCAAAUGAGCUAAAAGUUAAUCAGAGAACACACACAGGAGAGAAGCCUUUCUUCUGCCCUGACUGUGUAAAAUGUUUUAAAACAUCAACUCAUCUAAAAGUUCAUAAGAUAACACAUACAGGAGAAAAGUCUUACUCCUGUUCUGACUGUGGGGUGAGUUUCUCUCGACUGGAUACCUUAAAAACACAUCAACGUAUACAUACAGGAGAGAAGCCUUAUGUCUGCUCUGAAUGUGGAAAAUGUUUUAAAACUUCAAAUGAGCUAAAAGUUCACCAGAGAAUACACGCACGAGAGAAGCCUUACGUCUGCUCUCACUGUGGGGUGAGUUUCUCUCACCAUAGCAACGUAACACACCAAUGUAUACACACAGGGGAGAAACCUUACUCCUGCUCUGUGGAGGGGUGGGCGUGUAAGUCAAACGUCUAGCCAAAGACUGCGUGUUUGAAUCUCAUCAAGGAGGACUUUAGCAUUUUAGCUAAUUAGCAACUUUGCAACUACUUACUACUUUUUAGCUAUUACUUAGCAUGUUUGAAUUCGUAACAUAUCAUACAUAUUACAAGUUCGUAAGAUAAUAUAUGAAUAGCAAUGCGUAAAAUAACAUACGAAUUGUAAUUCCUACAAGUCGUAUUAUACUGAACAACAAUCUAAAUGCAACAAUUUCAAAGACUUACAGUUCGCAUAGGGAAAUCAGUCAAUUGAAAUAGGGGGGCUUAGCCAUGGGUGGGACUUGGGAGGGCAUAGGCUCACUUGGGAGCAUGAGUUUUUCCUCACAAAAGGUAUUUAUUACAGACAGAAAUACUACUCAGCCCCCCCCCCCCAGACAAUCUGCAGGUGAAGAGGACCUGGGCUGCCGUGGUUACAUGUGAUCUGCAGUUGU